CCGCCGUCGUAGAAAGCUCACCAGACGACGAAGUCGUACACACUACUCCUGGUGUUUUUCACUCGCACAGCCGCGCCAGUCUCAGGCCGGGCAAAGACGCGCUGCAGUCCGCUCCUCUCUUUCCCUCUUUCUCUUUCCAUCAUCUCCGCAUCGCCAGUGUGUAUCGCACGCAUAGUGUGCACGCGCGCGCUCUCCAAAGAGGAACAAUAUAAUCGCCCUCGCCGCAGCUGAGUUACGCACCGCGACAGGACCGGAGCAACGUAUCCUUCCUUUUCAUUAGCCGCGCAGAUCUGCUCUCUUUUUUUGGACCGCGCAGCCUUGAAAGUUUCCCGCGAAAGUCCGUUUCUUUUCUCGGGAGCGUGCCGUCGCUUUUUUCCUUUUAUCGAAGAAAGUGCCGCCAGCAGUGUGACAUUCGGUGCAGCCGGGCGAAGGAGAGGAAGAAGAAGAAAGAAAAAGAGAAUAAGAUAAAAAGGAAGUUGAGCCACAAAGGAACAAGUGUGAUAAAGUGCGCGCACUCGACGUGGAAAGCCGACUUGGGUGGUCUUACAUGAGGGAUUAACGCGAAGCGACCCGGAGGUGUUGAGAGAGAAAGGAGAGCCAAUAUGCGGGAGAGGGGAUGGCUUCUACUUACUCUGUAUGGACUUCUGAUAGCGAUAGCAGUCUCGGACGCUCUCAAGGCCACGAGACCCAAGUUCAAGAUAGCAACGUCGUCGACGACAACAACAACCACCGAAGAACCGGCCGCCGCUGAAAGCGCAGACGAUGAACUCGAGGCAACGACGACGGCGUCAACCGACGCAAAUGCGACGACGGGCCACACGCUCACGGGUAUCCCCCAAAUCGACUACAUCUGGGACCCGAAUCUGCCGCGAGAGCUGAACGGCUACAACCUGAGCGAGUAUCCGUUCUACGCCAGCAUGCCCGAAGACAUCGAUUUCAAAUGUGACGGGCUUCACGACGGAUUUUACGCAAGCGUACCCCAUAAAUGUCAGGUCUACCACCACUGUCUCUACGGCACGCGGUACGACUUCCUCUGCGCCAACUUCACGGCCUUCGACCAGAAGACCUUCAUCUGCCAUUUCGUCUCGGAGGUCGACUGCGCCAACUCGAAGAAGUACUGGCACCGCAACGAUGCCCUGUACAAGGCCGCCGACUCGACGACGACGUCCACCUCGACGACGACCAGCACCACCACGACCACGACCCCGUCGAGCGUCGACAAGGGCGACCGGGGGUCGAACCGCGAUCGGGACCUGCCGCCUCGUCGGAGGAGGCCCCUGGUGAGACGUCCGGCCUACGACUACUACGACGACGAGUACUACGACGACGACUACGACAGGACCCGUCCCCGGGGUUACAAUCGCCGGGACUACGAUGACUACGAGGACAGGAAGUACAGGAGGGACCGCGACCGGGACGUCGAGUACCGCCAUCGUGACUUCAGGGGCAGGGACAGGGACAGGCUGCCCAUGAGGGGCAACAGGAGGGACCCUGCCCGAGCGCGGGACCCGAUCGACGACGAGCCCGUGAGACCCAGGGUCAGGGACCAGGACCCUUCGAGGACCAGAGACGUGGAGGACCGCGUCAGGGACGGCGAGGACAGGCGAUACGCCGAUAAGAGGUUCAAAGACGACUAUGACGAAAAGGACUCCGGAUCGGUAUCCAGCGCCGGCAGCGGCGAGGGAUUAGUCAAGCCCGUAGCACCGCCUUCCUCGGUGUAUGCGAGACCGAGGGCUCCUCCGAAGUUCCGCAGGCCAGUGCCCCUGCACGAAAAGGACAAGUACACCACCACGACUGUUCGCGCUCCAAUCGAAGAGUCGCGCAGACGACCUGCAGCCGACGACAUGGACGAGCCCCGCAGGAGACCAGCCAUGGACGAUCUAGAAGAGCCUCGCAGAAGACCAGCCGCGGCAGUCGAGAACCUAGAAGAGCCGCGAAGCAGAAGACCUGUCGCCGACAGCGUGGACGAGCCCCGCAGGAGACCGGUAUCCGCCGUAGACGAUCUCGAAGAGCCGCGAAGCAGGAGACCCAUGCCCGACAGCAUGGAGGAGCCCCGACGCAGGCCCAUGAUCGACAGCCUGGAAGAUCGCAGGAGACCCGUCGCCGCCGACGCUCUGGACGAGGACUAUUACUACGACGACGAGAUGGAAGAAGUGAGGCCUCGCUGGAUGAUGAGAGGCAGGCCCUUAAGAGACAGAGACUUUACCGAUAAAAGAUAUCGCGAUCGUCCCUUCAGAUCCAGAUAUCGCGACGAGGAGGAGGACGUGCGCCCACGCAAGCACCCGGAGAGAUCCAGGGACCGAUUUUACGAAAGAGAGCGCGGCCGCGAUCGUUCCCUGGAUCGCGGCAAGGAGCGGAACAUGGAUCGCGAUCGGCUGAGGAGCCAGGAGCCCGACAAGUCCGACAGGCCAACCGUCUACAGCCGCGAGAGGGAAAGCGAGCGCCCACGCACUCCACCGCCUCGGCCGAAGGAUCUUCCGGAGGUCACCGAGGCGCCCAAGAAGCCCGCCAGUAUAUACGACCGCACGACGACCAGUAGCAGCACCACCACGCCCUCGAUCAGCAGCACCACCAGCACCACCAGCACCGCCAGCACCGCAAGCACCGCCAGCACCACCAGCACCACCAGCACCACCACCAGCACCACGACCGAGGCGCCGGAGAGAGAGACCGCGAACCCCCAGACGGAGGACCGACCGCAGAAGUACAGCCACGCGACCCUGCAGCCCAAGCCGCAGUAUCAGGAGAGCAACGCCGAGAAGGACAGCAAGUACUGGAAGCCGACGCAAGCGCCGGAGUCGAGUCGGGGCAGCGAGAAGGAGGAGCCCAUCGACGACUACCCGUCCGAGUACUACGACGACGUCGAGGAGCCGGCCAUCGUUCCGGUGCCGCCGCCCAGGCCCACGGUCAGGGUGAUCAAGCGGCCCUUCUUGCCCUCCCGAGGCGGCAACCCCAAUCCCCGAGGCCUGUCGUCCGUCGGAUCGAAGGCCAUCUUCUCGGCCAGGGAGAACCCGAUAAAGCACUACAUCAAGCUGCACACCACCACCGCGAGCUACGAGGACGAGGCCAGGCAGGAGACCUACCAGAUCAAGGAGCGACCAAACUACAAGAGCGUCCAGCAAGCUCAGCCGGUUCUGAAGCAGCAGCAGCAGCAUCAGCAGGUGGCCGACAACUACGACCUGCCCGUCAGCAGGCCGGGUUUGCGCCGACCCGAGCCGGAAGCCCCCAAGAGAAGACCGGAGAUCCAGGAGGUGCCCGUGCGCCAGAAAUCGCCGCCCAACUGGUCGCCCGACUACGGCAUCCAGGAGCAGCAAAACAACGACGCCAACAACCGACAACAGCAGAACGACAACUCGAACCUCUACAGCUCGUCCUACAAGACCGACGACGUGCAGGAGCAGCUGGCCCUGAACGGCAACUUCAAAGUCAGGCAGAAAAUCAACGAGGUCGUGCACCACAACCUGCAAGACAUACCCGAGAGCGAGUACGACGUCACCCUGAACGAAGCCCUGGCGCCGAACCUGAGCCCCGAGCCGAGCAUCCCCAGCGGCUUCGUGCUCCCGCUGCAUCGGCAGCUGGGCAGGGACGCGAUCCUGCAGCCGUCGGAGAACACCUACAAGUUCUCGAGGCCGCUGAACGCGCAGCAACACCAGCAGCAGAAGCAGCAGCAGCGACAGCAGGCCCAACAGCACGCGCAACAGGUCCAGCAGCAGGCUCAGCAGGCUCAACUGGCUCAACAGCAGCAGCAGCAUAGCGCUUUCGUGCCCAGCACGCAGUUCGGCCAGCAGACGACGGAAGUCGCGAGGAGCAACGACCGGGGGAAGACGGUCUACUUCAGAACGCCGGAGACCAUUCAGAUCAGCGGAACCCAGUACAGACAGCAGAGGGGACACUGGGGCGACUACACCGGGUUCUGAGUCAAGCCAGCCAAGUACCUAUAUUAUUUGUCAAGGCUGGCACCCCGACGACAACUCGGCACUAGGGUUUCGAAUGAGUUUUGUAAGAUCUUUAAUUGUCAGUGUUUUGAAUCUCGAGUAUGAUUAGAGACCUUAGAGAACGGGCUGAGCGGAAUUCAUCGUCGGCGUUUAAAAUUCGAUUUCGAAUUGACAUUAUUGAUUGUUGACGGCUUUUUCGGAGAAUAUUUAUAAAUGUACGAUCGACGAGAACGAGGAUUCUUUUUUAUACGCGAAUGAAAUGUAUGCAGCGAUGGAAAGUGCGUGAGAAGUGCGAGCUUGAAAGCUAUUGCAUUGCAUGUGAAAAUCUGUUGGAUAUGUAAAUUUGAAUUUGAAGUACUGAAAGGCGAGAGGUCCGGCAUGUACUUACGGCAGGAUGAGAAUUUUACUUUUACCGAUGUUUUAGAGA